UCAUUUCAAAUAAUUAUGACAGAAGUUUGCUUACAAAACGUAUUAAGAGUGGUAAUACUGUCAUUUAAUGGAAUAGUCUAUAUUCGUUAGUGAACAAAGGAACGCGCGGAAAUACUUUCAAAUAGUGUACUCCGGACGGUUAUUUUGUAAAUUAAACAAUAUAUUAUUAAAUUUUAGUGCUUAUAUUUCAUUUCAGUGAAAUUAAUUUGCUUCAAAGUUAUUGUAAAAUUAUAAGUUUUAUAAAUUUUUUCAUUGUGUUUGCAUAAUUUUUCAAAAAUUUUACAACUAUCUUCUGGUUCAUAUUCAUAGUUUUUUAUUCAAUUAAAGAAAAAAUAGAAUGAACAUAAUUUAUAUAUAACUGUGUUAUUGUGUCAAGAUUUUUCUUCAAGGAUAAAAUCUUUUUUCAUAAAGCAACGAAAGAGGAAGACAGCGGGACUGAAAUGGCGCAGGAUAUCCCGAGGACGACGUACUUGCCGGAAGUGGAGGAGGAUGUAAGAAAGGAACGAGAACGGCGAACUGUUCAAGAGGGAACUGCUACGUGGAAACGACGAAAGGAGGAGUUGCAACGUCAAAAACACCGAGAACAGCGUGAACUGCAGCAACUUUUGAAAAAUUAUUCGCCUUGGGGUAAGCCAGGUGGUGGUGCUCCUUGUGCUGCGACUCUUAGAAAGAAAAACGUCCCUUUAGAACCUCUGGAACUAACAAAGUGUCACGAUUUCGAUCAGGGAUGGACGAGCGAUUCGACGAUCGAGAGAUUACACGGAAGGAGCGUUAAUCCUUUACCGGUCACGCAUAUGAGCAAGUUCUUUGACGAUCGACCAGAGUCAGGUGUCGCCACGGGUAUGCAACUGGCGAAGAGCUAUUCGAGAAAUCCUUACAACGAGGAAGUUCAAGUGUACGAAUUGACCGGGGGCGUGGAAUUGGUGCCGCUUUUAACCAGCAGGCGUUACUGCUCGCGAUCGAAGGCCGCUCGUCACAUUGCCACCGACGCCACUCGACCUGGAUACACAAUAGACUCCUUGCGAACGUUAGAAGUUGGAAAUCGCGAGUACAUCGCUGAACUCUGUGAUCAAAUGCGACGAAAAGAGGAGAAGGCAUUGGAGGAGCGAAGGAUGGAGCAGGAAAGUUGUCGGAGACACUUCAAUACUUGGAGAAAGUUGUGGGGCCGACCGGGUCACGGAGCGCCCAUAGAUCACGCCCAUCGUAACAAUCUCUACAACAUUCUCUACCGUCCGGCCAUCUAUUGAAUUUCCACCCGCAUACGGAAAAUCAGAACUGAAUUUCCCACUUUCUUCCAGGCGCGAUCGGCCAACUUGGCAGAAAUCUCUUUACGUUGGGAAAAAGAAUUGUUACGGGGCGGGCAACAACUAGCUAUAAAAGAUAAUACUGGUUUCUCUACUGGGUCUACAAUGGGACGACAGGAGAUAGGGAGUGCAGUCUCUCCCUUUGGCUGAAUGGAUUUACCGUUGAGCAAUGAAAUUUACCGUGUAUUAUAUUGUUAAUAUUCGCCUCUUGGAUAGAUAAGUGAUGGAUAACGUAAUGAUGAGAAGUAGUGUGAAAAUUAAAUUUAUUAAAUUUUAGUAAUCGAAAUUCUAGAGAUAGGCACGCGUUUAAACAUUUGCGAUUUACAAUUAUGCCAGUUUUCGAGAAACUAAAGUAGGGUACUUGAAUAUUUUAUGUUUAUUAGAUUAUAAUUUUUUAAUCGAUAUAUAUAUGUAUAUAUAGUUCGAAUUAGAUAGAAUUAUAUUAGAAAUGAAUUGAAGGAUUCGUAACGAGUAUAAUUUUUUUAUUAUUAUUACUCGUUAUACAUAAUAUUUUUGUUCUAAUUAUGGAUCUUUGGAUCUCAUUUGAUCGGAAGAGAAAUUUUUUAUUUCGUUUGUUUUUUUAACAUAUUCAAAUUAUAUUAUUUAAAUGAAAAGAAUGCACCACGUAGAAGAAGAAUAUCUAUAUAUAUAAUACCAAUUCAUCACGAGUCCUGUCUGGAGGGACGAUAAGAGUUUGAAGGAUGAUUUCGUCUAUCCACAGAAAUAUGGAGAGAGAAAUCAGUAGUACGAAUGGCUUUCACGUGGUAAUACACGUCGAAUCGAGUGAGGGAACGCGUCGGGUGAGGUAUUAAAUUUCAUGAAAGCCUAUCAAGGGUGCGAGGUGAUGUUUGAUAAAGUAGAGGCGCGCUACGAUUGACCAGACCUCAAAGGAGUAAUCUCGAGGGAACCGAGGCUAUACCCUUGGAGAUCGAUGAUUUUUAAAUUUCAUGAACGGCAAAGAACGUGAAUUUAAAUAUGCUCGUAUGUGCGCUUCCCUUACGCGCGUUUCUCCCCUCGUGCCGGGGGGUAGAUAUCGACUUAUAUAAAGAAAAUAAUCAAAAAGAAAAGUAGAACCAGUCGAUCCAGCACAGGUAUCCUUAAAAUCUUUAUUGGUUACUUCGGUUCACGGGUACUUCAAAGAGCGAGAACACCGACAGGCGAGCGUGGAAAGAGGAAAGGCGGGGGAGGAGGGGACGAAAAACAGUUUGCAAUAUCGCAUGCCAUGCUAAGUGGGGCGAAGCGACUGUGCGUUUGAACACGGUAUUCAAACAUCUGCAGUAUUUCAUAAUAUGUAUUUCAAGGAGACAAGUUACGAAUUGAAAGUUAGGCAUCAAAUACCGUCGUUAUUUCGAGCCGCGUUCAAAUUCAAUGGAAUUUCGUUUAAAGGAACGAAUGCGAGAUAUAUCUUAGAAAUUUCGUUCGUUCGUUUCCCUUUCAGGGAGAAAAGACGAGAAGUAAUACCGCGUAAAGUGUUCCUUUCACAUAUAUCCUGCCAAUUUUGCCCUCGUCCUCUUCUUUCGAAUACUUCUUUUACACCUCUUGAUACCUCUUGCAAAUCGGAUUUCGUAUUAACGCAAUCGUCUCGAUUAUUUUAAUCAUUAUACAUAUAGAAAUAAUAUUUAUACGUUUUAAAAGUUUUUUAAAAUGUAAUAAUUGAAAAUAAUCGAGAAUAACACGAUAUUGCUGUUAAUAUAAAAAAGCACCACCCAAUAAAUGUAAUAAAUAAGAGAUCGAUGAAUCUGAUCAUUUAUAAGUAAAACCAUUCUCAACGAAAACGAGAUAAAAAUGGAUACAUCUAAUUAUUCAUUGUUAUAAUAUUAAAUGAAAAACUUUUUCUAACAUCCAUUCCCGCUGAUUAAACGCUGAUUAAAUUAAAAGGUGAAACGAAGAAAUUGCGACCCCCUCCCCCGAUAGACGUCUUCAAUUCAAUUCGGUUGUUGGUCCCGCCGCCUGUACAAUUUGUAUUUCUAAACGCGCACCUUUGUUCCGCGGUCAGGAACGGAGAACGCUAGUUUCAUCCUUUCCAGGGAUGGUUCUCCUCCCCCUCCUCCCUUCCUCUCCUCCCUGGAAAGCCACGGAAUCCAAGCGCUGUCGCGCAUCUCUCCGGUUACGAUCCCUACGUCCGAGCCGCAGCCACCGCUGUGCCGAAACCUACCACUUCCACCAACGCUUCCACCAUUGUCCGACUAUUGUAUUCCGUUACCACUGUGUGUCCGUUUCGUUUGUAUAAGAGUGAUUCAUUUUCCGCGAAAUAUCAGUUCCUGCGCCGCAUGAAUUGCAACUCGCACGGCGCGUCGUGCAAAACGCCCCUCCUCCUCCUCCUCCUCCUCCACCACCCGUUGUGUUUCGACCCUUCUCCUCCACCUCCAUUCUUCCCUAUCGUUUAUUCAUUUCUGUCUCUUUCGUAGCGCGCAUUGUCGCGAAAUUGGGUCGGUCGGUUUGGAUCCCAUGGUUGAAAUGAGAUACGUGACGCGGUGGUGGUCUCGGUGAAAAUUGGUCAUCGCUAUCUCGUGUUUUAUAUGUAUAUGUAUAUGUAUAUAUAUAUAUGUAUUUUUUUUUCAUAGGGUU